AUGGGCAUUCACAAGAAGGAUCAGCAACAUCCAUGUUCGCAGUGUCCAAAAAAGUUCGCACAGUUAGUUCAACUAAAGAUUCACAUUAGGACGCACACCGGUGAGAAGCCAUUCCAGUGUAAAGACUGUGGCAAAGCGUUCUACGCGAAAAAUAAUCUUGUACGGCACACUAAAAUUCACAAGAAAGAAUCAACAACAUCAGAAUCAGUGUGUACAAAAGUCCAUCAAUGCCCUCAGUGUCCUAAAAAGUUCCCGACGUCAUAUGAACUAAAGGUUCACAUUAGAACGCACACCGGUGAGAAGCCAUUCCAAUGUGAAGUCUGUGACAAAGCGUUCCACGCGAAAAGUAUUCUGGUACAGCACACUAAAAUUCACAAUGAAGAAUCAACAACAUCAGAAUCAGUGUCUGCAAAAGUCCAUCAAUGCCCUCAGUGCCCUAAAAAGUUCCCGACGCCAUAUGUACUAAAGAAUCACAUAAGAACGCACACCGGUGAGAAACCCUUCGAGUGUAAUGGCUGUGGCAAAGCGUUUCAUUCGAAAAACAACCUGCAUAGUCAUAUGGACAUUCACAAGAAGGAUCAGCAUCAUCCAUGUUCGCAGUGUCCUAAAAAGUUCGCAAGGUUGGAUCAACUAAAGGUUCACAUUAGAACGCACACCGGUGAGAAGCCAUUCCAAUGUGAAGUCUGUGACAAAGCGUUCCACGCGAAAAGUAUUCUGGUACAGCACACUAAAAUUCACAAGAAAUAAUCAACAACAUUAGAAUCAGUAUCUGCAAAAGUCCAUCAAUGCCCUCAGUGUCCACAAAAGUUCGCAAGAAUAUAUCUAUAAGGACGCACACCGGUGAGAAGCCCUUCGAGUGUAAAUUCUGAUGUAAAGCGUUCCGUGCAAAAACCAUCCUGCAUAGACAUACGAACAUUCACAAAAACGAACUAGAACAAGGGCCUGCGACAGCAUUAUGAAAUUCAAAAGCAACAACUACCUAAACUACCUGCAACUGCAUAUUUUAUAACAGAAUAAAUCCGUCUUUAAUGUUACUCUCGAUAGCGGAGAACCAG